GAACUCUGAAAACAUUGAAUUCGUAACACCGUAGAGAAGGAAAACAAUAGUAAUAAAUCGAUGAAAACGUAAAAUCAUAAUUACAAAUACUAUGUUGGUUAUUUUAAUACUACGCAAUAUACAAAAGUGCAUUAGUUUUAUAUCACUGUGAGUUACCGUUAAAGAGAAGCCACGUUUGUUUUGGUGCUAAUUUGGCGCGAAGCAGUGUUGUUGGCGUCACUUAGCAGACACAAGCAGCGGAUUCACACACCUCCCGGACUGCCUUAUCGACACACGCUCGCUGAUAACAGAGAUGAAUAUGUCCUCGACGUGGAACGAAGAGACCGCCACUGCCUGAAUAGAAGAUGGAAACUGUAAGACACCGCAACACUGCAAAGAUAUUGAGAAAUGAGAAUACCUAUAGAGAGCAUAGCGUCAUCUUACCACACCACCGAUGGCAAUAACGUAGAGAGCAACGCCCACCACCAGCGCCAUGCUUGUCCGUAGCUUUACUUGGUGCCUCUGAGUGGACCACACCGCCAUCGUUCUGAAGAGAAGCAAGGAUGUCCGGUGCGGCGGCGACAGCACCGGCAGGCAGGGAACAUCUGCCCCGCCAUCCACCGCGCCGCGCUGUCUCCGCGGUGAGCAGGCUGCCCCGUGAUUCCCCAGUGGUAGUGACCAGCUACAUGAAGACCAAUGCCGACCUGCCGCCCCUACCUAACCCUUCCAACCUGCCUAGGACGCAAAGUGCCCCGCGCUGCGGCGGCAGAAUGAGGGAGCCCCGCCGUCAAGGCUACGCCACGCCCUCCACUUCGGGAGUGUCCUCGGCCUCCUCGUCACCAGCCAGCAGGAAUUCCUCGCCGCGACCCUGCAGCUCCUCGGAGGGCCUCACCACGUCAUCGGCGGCCUCGUCGCCCUCUGCGUCCCCAGACACAAGGACGAUAGUUGAGGAUGAGGUGACGUGCGCUAUCUGCCUCGACCUGAUGCACCGGCCGCGUCGCCUCCCCUGCGGCCACACCUUCUGUCUGCUGUGCCUCCAGAACUACGCCAACACCUGCAGGACGACGUUCACGUGCCCAACGUGCCGCGGCGACGCCCAGGUGCCACCAGGGGGCGUGGUGGCACUCCCGUCCAACAUCCGUCUGAGACGUGGCGCUGAAAUCCUGCGGAGAAGGCGUGAGACAGAUCCAACCUGCCUCACCUGUACCUCCUGUGGCACCACCGAGGGUGUGGUGGCGUGCGGCCACUGCCAGGACGCGUGGUGUGAGGCAUGCGGGGUGACACACCUGCGGCAGGUGCAGACCGAUAUUGUGGAGCUGAAGACGAGACUGUCGAGCGUCCGCGACACUCUGGACUGCCGCACUGAGGAGGAGGAGGCGCGGCUCACCAAGCUGGAGGAAACUAUCCGAGAGGCGGUGGAAGAGCGGGUGGAGCGGCUGCUGGAGGAGGGGACAGCCCUUACGGCCCAGGUUCAGGAGAUGAGGAAGGAGAGGCAGCAGCAGGCCCUCAAUCUCAGCCAGGAGUUGGAACAAGCCCUCACCCACGACCACCCUCACCCCGGACAGCUGCAGGAGGCGGGAGAUCUUCACGCCACGCUGAUGAAGCUCCUGAAGCAGACUUCCACCGCCAAGGGCCCGCGCGUCACGCUGGACUCCGCCUCCCUCACCCUCAGCACCUCCACCUCCACUGCCGAAGCCGAGGAGAACCCGCAGGAGGCGCGGGAGGAGGAGGAGGACGAGAGACACCUGCCGCCCCAGGAGCAUAACCUCAUGUACAGGAGAAAGGGGGCGCUGGCCAGGCUGAGGUGGAGCAGGCACAUUAAGGAGCGGCCAGCAGGGGUCGCCAUCAGCCCUUGGACCUCAGACAUCUUUGUGACCGGAAGUGACACGUGCAGAGUGCAAGUGUUUGACCCCAGUGGGCGCCAGGUCAACAGCUUUGGGUCACGUGGGCACGGUGACGGGGAAUUCCUGUGUCCUAUCGGGGUGGCCUUCAGCUUAGUGUCCCAGGAGGUGUUCAUUACAGAUAAGUGGAAACACUGCAUCCACGUCUUUGACACGGAGGGAAACUUCAUCCGUCAACUGGGCAGGAAGGGCAAGGGCUUCGGUCACUUUUCAGCUCCUGAGGGCAUCACCACAGACCGCCACGGCAACAUCUACGUGGCGGACACCUGUAAUCACCGAGUACAGGUGCUGGACAGUGACGGAGUGUUCUUGCGGGAGCUCGGGGUGGUGUCCUCGAAUACUCUGCAGGAUGGGAGGCGCUACACCAAGACGGAGUUUAAUGAACCUACAGGGGUCACAGCUUCCAUGGACGGUUCCCGAGUGUACGUGGCGGACGCAGGGAACCACAGGAUUAAGGUGUUUGACGGGAGCAGCGGCGAGCGGGUGCUGAUGUUCGGGUCCAGGGGGCGUAACAAGGGCCAGUUCGAGACCCCGGAGUGCCUGGCGGUGGAUCCUGAGGGCUUCAUGCUGGUGGGAGACUCUGGUAACGGGCGCGUGCAGGUGUUCCGGCCUGAUGGCACAUUCAUCAGGUACCUGGGAACACGAGUCAACACGCGCGGGGAGUUCGGUUGGGUGUCUGGCGUGGCCCUCUCUCGCUCCCUCGACGUGGUGGUCACUGACUUCAAGAAUAACCUCGUCGCUGUAUUUUAGUUGUGUGUAUUUUGGUGGAUUUUUUGUUAUUAUUCCCUGUAUUUCUCCCGCAUUUUUCUCCUCGUAUUUUGAUGUACUUUUUAUUUUCCUCUUCCUCCUCCUCCUAGUAUGUGUGUGUGUGUUGGUGUUUUUUUAUUCCUCUCCUUCGUAUUGUGGUGCUCCUCAUCCCUCGUAUUGUGUGUUUUCAUAUAUCCAUGUAUUAUUUUUUACUCUUCCUCCUCCUCCCGCAAUAUUUAUUACCUCCUCCGCCUCGUAUUGUAAUUUUUAGUGAUUUUCUUCCUCCCCCUCUUCCCCUUCCUGUUACGGCGACGUUACUACUAUAUAAUAUAUAUAAUUUGAUUUUGAAAUUGAUUUUGAAUUGAUUUUGAUUUUUCAUAGUCAAUGAUUUUGAAUUGAUUUUGAUUUUUCAGUCAGGUAAAUUCUAUAUAAUUUGAUUUUGAAAAAAAAAAUUUUCAGUCCGUCUAUAUUCAUUUAUAUUCAUUCAAUCAGUCUCUAUAUAUGUGUAUAAAACAAUAUGAUUUUUUGAAAAUUUCAGUCAGGUAAAUUGUUUCCUUGAAUGUAAUUUUUUUUGCGUGGAGAAGUAGGAGAGAAAGAAAGGAAGAGUAGAAAAUAGAAAAACGGAAAAAAAUUAAGGGGAAUUGAGGAGGAAGAGAGGGAAGACGAGGCAGAUUGAAGCAGAUUGAAUUUGAAUUCAAAAAAAUUUGAAUUAAAAAAAAAUGAAUUCUAAAAAAUUUGAAUAAAAAAAAUUGAGGAAGAUAGAAGAAUAAAAAAAAAAUAUAAAGGAGGGGGUAUAGAGGAAAUAGAAGGGAGAUAUAAGUUUAGGAGAGUGGAGAGUAUAUUUCAGAGGUAAGGAGAAUCGGGUAAGAAUCUCGGCAGUCUUCUGAGGAAAAAAAAAAAAAAUGGUAGGUGAACUAGGACAGGAGCUGGCAGUACUAGGAGAAAGAAAAAUGGAGGAGGAAAGGAAUGUAUGUGGAAGAGGAAAGAAAGGUAGUUCGAAGGAAAAAACUAAGGAAAUAUUCCCUGUACUUCUCUUACCUACCUUGAAGGACAUUCAUUCUCUUACCUCGAUUAUAUAGAUGUAUUUCGAGAUGUAUUUCGAGAAAAAGCAUUUUCGAAGAACGUGUAGGAGAAAAAAAGUAUUUCGAAGAAUGAUUUUAGAGAAAAAAAAAUGACGGAAUAAACGUAACUGGGAAAAAAUGACAGAAGUGUAACCGGAAACUAUGGAAGAAACAUUCUUUGCACUAGACGUAAGGCGGCGAAGCUCACUGUUCUGGCGAAGCUCACUGUUCUUGUAAAAAAUAACAAAAGAAUAAUAUGAUGGAAAAUAGAAAUGAUGAUGAAAAUGAAAAAAGGUGGUAAGUGUAUAUAUACGAAGCUCAAAACUUUUUUGUAAAUAAAAUAUAUGUAUAUAGAGGAAGGUAAGGAUGAAAAGUGGAUAAAAGAUAUUUUAACUGGAAACUAGGGAUUCGUGUAAAAUCUUUGUAUAUGAAGCUGAGUUCUGCAGCUCGAACUUCAAGUCCUGUAAAUAACAACAAUCAAUAUAUAGCGUAGGCUUGCUGUGCGUUACGUUCGGCUAGGCCUUAGCGUCUAGACAUAGUUAUUAUUAAUGUUAUUUGUAGCACAAGUAGUCCUUGUUUCGUUAUUAUGGUGAUCUUGCUGUGAUAUCGCCGCCAUUUUGUUGACUAUCUACGUUUUGUAAAUAAAGUUACCCAUUAUCCAA